GCCGCGUUAGUUUCUCGCAGACGACCGUACCGAUCGGUCUGCUUUUAUCGUUGUUCGCAGUGACGGUACAGUGUGCGCUCGCGUGUGUACGAAUCGGAAUAUAAUUUUAUAAUACUAUUUUAAUAUCGUAAAAACGAAAUAUUUUUAUUGUGCGUGAUGUGCGUUCGGUGAUGUUAUUGAAGUGAUUUUUUUUUAUAUUUUCGUAAUGCGUGAAAGUGUGUCGAAAAUGAAGUGGUGUUUUCCGGCCGCCGUGUUGUCGGCAGCGGUCGCGCUGUCGUUGUGCGCGCGGACCGCGGAUGCAAACAACGGCGACCCCGUGUGUGACUGGCAGCGAGUGGACAACGAGCCGCCUUUGCGGGUCGUGCUCAAAUGUUCGUUACGGACCAUCAACAGCGCGGACACUGUCAUAUCUAACCUGACGUCCGCCCAAAUGGAUAUGAUCACUAGUUUGACGCUUAAGUGCAGUGACGUGAUAUUUUUCGAGAGUAGUCUUGAGAAUAGCUUUCUGACGCAACUCCGGCGGCUCAACCACUUGGACUUGGAGUACUGCAAAAUUAAAUACGUGCCACCCGCCGUGCUUAGUACGUCACGGGAACUGAAACAGUUGCGGAUACGCACGCACAACACCGACUGGUCCGCCAUGACCAUGGACUUCCAUUCGGACAGUCUGCGCGGUCUUAAUCAACUGAGGGAGCUCGACUUGUCCGACAACAACAUUUGGAACUUGCCUAAAGAACUGUUCUGUCCGCUGGCCGGUCUGAAAAAUUUAAACCUGACCAAGAACAGGCUGCAAGACGUGUUCGAGCUUGGUUUCUCCGACUGGGGCAACGGGCCCACGGCGCCCGGAAAAACGUGCAACACCGCGCUCGAGGACCUCAACCUGGCCAACAACGAUAUCAUAUCGAUGCCCGACAACGGCCUGACCAGUUUAAGAGCGCUAAAAAAAUUGUUCCUCCAAGAAAAUCAAAUCAACCAGAUAGCCGACCGCGCGUUUGUCGGACUUACCUCGCUUAAUGUACUAAAUGUUUCCAGCAAUCGGUUGCCCGCGUUACCGCCCGAGCUGUUCCAUUCCACUAGGUAUCUGCGUGAAGUGUACUUGCACAACAACUCGAUUAACGUGUUGGCCCCCGGUCUACUCGAAGGCCUGGACCAACUGCUCGUCCUAGACAUGUCCCACAAUGAGCUGACCAGCACCUGGGUGAACAAGGACACAUUUUCCGGACUGGUCCGACUCGUGGUGCUCAACCUCGGCCAUAACCAGCUGACGAAAAUCGACUCGCAUAUUUUUCAAGACCUGUACAGUCUGCAGAUAUUAAAUCUCGAACACAACAACAUUGAGACGCUGGCCGACCGGGCGUUUGCGGCGCUCAGUAAUUUACACGCUCUCACUUUGUCGUUUAACAAACUCAAGCGCAUCGAGCCAAUGCAUUUUUCCGGUCUGUACGUUAUCAACCAACUCUUUUUGGACAGGAACCGCAUAGAACUCAUCGACGAACUGGCGUUCCAAAACUGUACCAAUUUACAUGAUUUGGGACUGUACGGUAACGCGCUACGACAAGUGCCCGCGGCCCUGUCCAAGUUGCACAUGAUGAAAACGCUUGAUUUGGGCGGUAAUGCAAUUAGGCACGUGCAAAACUCGUCUUUCGACGGCCUCGAUCUGCUGUCCAACUUGAUCCUGUCCAACAACGAGGUAUCCAACCUAACAGCUUACACAUUCUCGUCGAUGCCUCUGUUGAAAGUGCUCAACCUGGCGUUCAACCGACUGGCUCACGUCGACCAGAAUGCGUUCGGCACGUCCAACACGCUGGAAGCGAUCCGACUGGACGGUAAUACGCUGACCGACAUCAAAGGCAUGUUCGACGGCCUGUCCCGGCUGGUGUGGCUGAACGUGUCUGACAACCGCAUUGCCAAUUUCGAUUAUUCUUUUCUGCCGCCCAGUGUUGAGUGGCUAGACAUGCACAAAAAUCAAAUCAGGGACUUGGGCAAUUAUUAUGUUCAGCGCGAUACGAUUCAAAUAAAAAUGUUGGAUGCCAGUUUUAACCAGCUCACCGAGAUCACGGACACGUCGAUCCCGGACAGCGUGGAGAACGUAUUUCUCAACAACAAUCUCAUUCACAAAAUCAAAACAAAUACGUUUUUGCGGAAGGCCAAUCUGUCCAGGGUAGUGUUGUACGCCAACAAAAUGGAAUACAUCGAAAUGGGUAGUUUACGGUUAGACCCGGUACCCGAACAAAAGGAGUUACCGCAGUUCUAUAUCGGCGACAAUCCACUCAAAUGCGACUGCACUACCGAAUGGCUACAAAGCAUCAAUCAGCUCAGCGUACAACGACAAUACCCUCGCGUUAUGGACAUGGACUCGAUCAUGUGCCGGCUGGUACACUCCAAGACAGAAAAAUACAAACCACUCUUGGACUUAAGGCCGUCUCAAUUUUUGUGUGAAUAUACUUCUCACUGUUUUUCCGUCUGCAAGUGUUGCGAUUUCUUGGCUUGCGACUGUGAAAUGACGUGCCCCGACAAAUGUAAGUGUUACAACGAUCAAUUAUGGUCGUCCAACAUAGUGGACUGUUCAAAUGCCGGGUACAAGACUAUACCGGCGCGGAUACCGAUGGACGCCACGGAAAUCUAUUUGGACGGUAACGACUUGGGCGAACUGUCCAGUCACGUUUUUCUGGGCAAGAAGAAACUGCAGGUUUUAUACAUGAACAAUAGUAAUAUUGUCGCGUUGCACAACAAGACGUUCAACGGCGUGCCUGAAUUGCGGGUGUUACACAUGGAAGACAACCGGCUAGAACGACUUGACGGCGGCGAAUUCGAUACCCUGCCGAAACUCACCGAAUUGUAUCUGAACGACAACCAGAUCACAAGCGUGGCAAACAGGUCGUUCGCGCCGCUCAAGUCUCUUCAGGUGCUUCACUUGGAAAAUAAUCAGAUCAAUGAGUUCCGGCCGUGGCAACAACUCAGCGCGGCCAACACGCUGACGUCCGUGUCGCUGGCCGGCAGCACGUGGCUGUGCGACUGCGACCUUAUCGUCGGCCUGGACGGGUGGCUGAAAAACAACGAUUACCCGCCGUCGUCGAUGCUGUGCUCCGACAAGGUGACUUCGGUGGCCAGCGCCAUUGAAAAGUGUCUGUCCGAACGCGACUCCGGGCCCAGCAUCCACCGGCCGUUCUACAACACGUCCACACUGGGUAACGAUUACGUGCCGUUCGUGGCCGCGACGUUGGCCCUAUUCGUCGUCGUGCUGGCGCUGAUCGCUCUCGGUCUGGUGUUCCGCGACGACCUUUGCUUGUGGGCUCACUCGCGGUACGGCAUGCGCGUCUGUAAAUCGCCGUCCGGUGAAACGGACAAGCUGUACGACGCGUACAUGGUGUACAGCAUCAAGGACGAGGAGUUCGUCAACCACAUACUGUCCACCAGCCUGGAGCGUUUCGGGUACAGCCUGUGCCUGCACUACCGGGACAUACACGUCAUCAGCCCGGUGUACCUGAUGGACAGCUUUUUGGGCGCGUCGGACGCGUCCAAGCGAAUCAUCGUGGUGCUGUCGUUGUCGUUUUUGCAAAACGAAUGGGAGAAGCCCGUGUACCGGACGGCAUUCCAAGCGUGCGUGGAACGGGCCAAAACGAAAAAACAGUCCGUCGUCGUCUUGUUGACCACCACCAUCACUCCGGACCGGGAGCUGCAGGCCCUGCUCAAGUCGUGCGACGUGGUCACGUGGGGCGAGAAGCGGUUCUGGGAUCGGCUCCGGUACCUGAUGCCCGACCCAAAGCCACUGGCCGGUGCCGGCGACCUCAAGAAAGUGAUAUGUGACGGCCGACCCGUAGCCAGGUACACAGCCGCGCCGACGUCUCUGGAAGCUUGGAUACGCAUGAGUCCAGCGUCCGUAACACAAUCGCAGGCGCCCACGCAGAGCUCGUGCGUUUCCGAAGAGUCUUCGCAGAGAACCACGGACGAGGACGAAGAUCCGUCUAACCACAGUUACGUGUCAAUCGAUUACCAACAGAGGCAGAAAUUGCACCACGUGUACAGCAGCAUACCGGACCCGAUUUACAAUCAGCCCGGAGGAAGGACUUAUUUCGUUUAGUCGAAGCACUGAAUUGCACGAAACACGGAAAAGUCGCCCUGGACGUCAUGGACACUGGUCGGAUCCUCAGCUUCUUCUUACCUGUAAACACGAAAAAAUACCCAAACUACUACCAUUUGUAUAAACAAUUUUGUGUAAAUCGAAUUUAAUUAUUUUUUUUUUUGUAUAUUGUACAUAAUUUUUGUUGUUAUGUAAUUUAUGUUUUGUUUUAAUUUAUAUAGAUUUUUAUAAGCCUAUUUUUUUUCGAUAAAAACAAAAUUGUUCGGCAUAAUUUGUUCGUUUGUUUGCUAUUCGUUAAAAAAAAUAACAACAAUAUUACAGGCUAGAAAUUUUUUUAAAAGACUGAAAUGGCCUCGAGGGUAUUUAAUAUAUUUCCUUGUAGCUAAUUUAAAAUGAUAAUAAAAAAACCGUAUUUUUACAAAAAGUUAAUAAUCUCAAAAAUUGGUACCAUUAUUACAAUGUAUUCAAAGACAUUAUAAUAUUCUGUAAAAAUAAUGAUAAUAUUUUUUAUAAAAUGUUAGUGCUUUCUUUGUAUAAUAUUCGUCCGACAACGACAUGGUUUACACUUGUCGACCUUUUAUUGUUUUCCUCGUUUGUCUGUAAUUAUUUCGAUAAUACUAUUCAAAUAUUAUUAUUAUUAUUAUUAUUAUUAUUAUUAUUGCAUUGUUAUUUAUAUUGCCUGAAUCGCUUUUCUAAGCGACGGAAAAAGUUCCUGUAAUUUUAAUUUCUUUCUAAAAUAAAAAUAAUAUUUAAUACAAAUAUAUGUAUAUUUAUAUUUAUAAAUAUAUUUUAAACGCAUACAGGUGCUUUAUUUUGUAAAGUCUAUAGGGACCCAUUUAGCCCCAUGUAUGUGUAAUUAUAUUGUUAUCAAAUAUUUUUUGUACAUUUUUUUAAUUAACCGAGAGUGUACUUAAAAAAACACGAACAAAUGAGGUCUCUAAAUCGAAACUCCUGUUGCUGAAUGGAAUAUAUUUAUAUACCCUCGUUUAACUAUAUAUUAUUAUUAUUAUCUUUUUUUUUGUCUGUUAUUUGUAUUAAGUGUUUAGUCGUCAUGUGAUUUAUUUUGUAUUAUACAUAAUUAGGCGCACAUUCGAUGUAAUAUGUGUAAAGAAAUUGAUAUAAAA